UUUGAUGUUGCGCCAUGACGUAGGUUUCUUCUUCCUUCCCACGGCAGAAAUAGAGCGGGUAAAUUUGACAGAUAGCGACAAUAGUUUUGAGUCGUUUUUAACUACUUUAAACACGAUAGUUCGGGGCAGUUUGUUUCGGUUUUAUUACUAGUCGUCUGACCCAAAAUGAGAACUUUAGAAGAGGUGCAGGCCACGCUGCAGAUCGCCAAACUGAAAGAGGAGGAUCUACAGAAAACAGUCCACUGUUUGUCUUUUGGGGAAAAUGUUUCAUCUGCAGAUUACUGCCUAAUGGAGCUGGACGACACGCUGUGCAAACACAUAGAAGCCGGCCAAAGUCUGGUGAUUCGAGGGGAUAAGGAUGAGCGUGCUGUGCUUUGUAGUGGUGACAGAACCUAUGAGCUCAAAAUAGCUGACACGUCGAACCUGCUGCUCUUUGUGCCAGGAUGCAAAACACCAGAGGAACUCACCAACAGCCAGGAGAGCGCUCAUGUGGCGCACGCGCAGAUCUGGGGAUUUUGCAACAGCUACUGGGAACUAAGGAAGGAGCGCCCGAAGCUAAAAAAACUCAAAAAGCUUUUAUUGGAGAAUCCAUAUGAAGGCCCUCCUUUAAUAGGAGAGGAAGAGAACAAUGAGAAUAAGUACACAAUGCAACAUCUGCUGGAGAGGAUCCAGGCCAGUGAGGAGGAGAUAACAACCCACCUGGAGACCAUCCAUGCAUGCCAGAUAGAUGGCUACUGGCGUAUCCUGGACUUUGACUAUGAGAUGAAGCUGCUUGGUCAUGUGACUCAACUAGUGGAUUCUGAGUCAUGGUCCUUCAAUAAGGUUCCCCUUGAAACUUGUCUGGAGGAGUUAUCUCCACUGGAGCCUGAAGAAAUGAUUGAGCACUGCUUGAACUGCUAUGGGAAACGUUACACUGAAAACGGGAAAGUGUUGUAUGCUCUACAUGAGGAUAAAGUCUGCCGGGGCUUAGCGCUACUGCUCCUGCAAAACGCUGUCAAGUUCAACCUACGAGAGUUUCAGGAGGUGUGGCAGCAGAGCGUGCCAGAAGGCAUGAGCACCAGACUGGACCAGCUGAAGAGUGUUGCCCUAGUGGACCGCACCUCACGCCCAGAGACCAUCUGCUUGCUGCGGGUGGAAGACCUCCCAGAGGACACGCUGGAGCGUUUCAACCAUCUCUUCACUCUCCGAGAGAAGUGGACAGAGGAGGACAUCACACCAUAUAUACAAGACUUAUGUGGAGAGAAGCAGACCACAGGAGCUCUUCUGACCAAAUAUUGUCGAUCUUCAAUGCAAAAUGGAAUCAAGGUGUUCAACUCCAGAAGGCCUGUGGCUACAUGAGCACGACUACUACUGUUGAUGCAUUUGUAAAACUCUGCUAAAUCUCCUACAUUUGUUAUAUCACUACCUUCAAAUAUCCUGUCAAUGUCUGGGUGUAACUUGAUAUGUUACAUAAUAGAAAAAGGUUAUGCAUAAUGUUAAACAUGUAACUUUCAUUGUUUCUUUUAAUUCUAAAAAUGCAGCUCACUGGUAAUAAAGUUUUCAGAUAUUAAAGUUGUCCAAGAGAAUGCAAAUAGAAAACACAAAGGAGCAACACUGGAGACAGACCACAAGGUGGAAGCCUGAUACAUUACAGGUUUUACACCAUACACCCUAAUGCAGCACACAGUCAUGCUACAGUUAGUCCUUAAAUAUUUUUUGUGUUUGUGUGACAAUAAUCUUGGCUUUAUUUUGUUUUAAUAAAAAACUCGUGAAAGAUUAAAUUAUAGUUUACCGAAGAAAGCUGAAAAAAACAAUUUGAAAAGUAGUAACAUACGAGUGAGAUUAAAAAACACAAGACACUCUAAAAGUGUCUGUUUGAUAAC